AAAUUCACUCGUACAUUUUAACAGAGAUAGAUAGAGUAGUCAGUAGAGAGAGAGAACUACAAGAGAGUUACGGACAAGCUGUUCCUAACACCACCGAGGGUCACGACUCGCGAGGAAAAAACAGCAAAGUCUUUUUCACAAGAAAAAAAUGGUGGAAGUGUGGUGGCCACUGUUGGCAGCAGCAGUCCCUGCGCUAAUCGGAGGCCAAGCGUUGAGGAUAAAGAAGAGGCGCGGGGAAGAAGAGAGGAUCAAGAGUGCUCGAGGAAGAGAGAAGAGCUCUGAUGACAUCUUUGUCUGCGAGAGAGUCUGCACUUCAAAAAGAAUGCUGAAAAAAGUAGGAGCUUUCUCCAAAGAUCCCAUUCCAGACACUUGUGUUACCGUCUGCGGCGUGUCUGAGCUCGACGCUUGCUCCGAUGCUUGUGCUCGAACCGUCUGCGUUAACCAGCAUCAAGUUGCUAACUGGAAUGACAUUUGUCUUAGGAGGUGUCAGAGUGAGUGUCUCAAGCUCUCUUCUUCUUCUUCUUCUCGCUCUUCUUGAUAUGUUUUAAGAGUUUUAAAUCUCCCUUUUGUGUUGUUUUAAGUUUGAGUCUGAACGCUUAUGAUUGGUUCCUUUUGAAUCUGAAAUAUUUUUGUAAGUUGAAUAACAAACAUUAUAAGCAAAUCUUUGGUGGAUUUUACAUUUA